AUGGAGUAUUAUGCCACUAUGAUAACCAAGAACAGUAUGGCCAACAACACUAUGAUGACCAACAACACUAUGAUGACAAACAACACUAUGAUGACAAACAACACUAUGAUGACCAACAACACUAUGAUGACCAACAACAGUAUGAUGACCAACAACACUAUGAUGACCAACAACACUAUGAUGACCAACAACAGUAUGAUGACCAACAACACUAUGAUGACCAACAACAGUAUGAUGACCAACAACAGUAUGAUGACAAACAACACUAUGAUGACCAACAACACUAUGAUGACCAACAACAGUAUGAUGACCAACAACAGUAUGAUGACAAACAACACUAUGAUGACCAACAACAGUAUGAUGACCAACAACAGUAUGAUGACAAACAACACUAUGAUGACCAACAACAGUAUGAUGACCAACAACACUAUGAUGACCAACAACAGUAUGAUGACCAACAACAGUAUGAUGACCAACAACACUAUGAUGACAAACAACACUAUGAUGACAAACAACACUAUGAUGACCAACAACACUAUGAUGACCAACAACAGUAUGAUGACCAACAACACUAUGAUGACCAACAACAUUAUGAUGACCAACAACAGUAUGAUGACCAACAACACUAUGAUGACCAACAACACUAUGAUGACCAACAACACUAUGAUGACCAACAACACUAUGAUGACCAACAACACUAUGAUGACCAACAACAGUAUGAUGACCAACAACACUAUGAUGACCAACAACACUAUGAUGACCAACAACAGUAUGAUGACCAACAACAGUAUGAUGACCAACAACAGUAUGAUGACCAACAACAGUAUGAUGACCAACAACAGUAUGAUGACCAACAACAGUAUGAUGACCAACAACACUAUGAUGACCAACAACAGUAUGAUGACCAACAACAGUAUGAUGACCAACAACACUAUGAUGACCAACAACAGUAUGAUGACAAACAACACUAUGAUGACCAACAACACUAUGAUGACCAACAACAGUAUGAUGACAAACAACACUAUGAUGACCAACAACAGUAUGAUGACCAACAACAGUAUGAUGACCAACAACACUAUGAUGACCAACAACACUAUGAUGACCAACAACACUAUGAUGACCAAGAACAGUAAUAAAAUCCCAACCCACCAUCGCUCCGCCUCUCCACGCCUCCCUCACAGCCUCAAUACUCUCUCGAUGGCCUCCCAAGACCAGAUACAGUACUUCCACCAAUGGCUUAGAUAA